CUCUCCUUUCUCCUCCUCCCCCCCAUUUUCUUCCCCCAAGUGCCUUAGCCUCAAAAUCUUUACAAUUGGACUGCUAGGGUUUCUUGAAAACACCAUUAGAAGCAGCCAAGUUCAAGUUGUGCAGCCUGAGCUCGGGUAAACUGCAAUCCUGUCAAAUCCUUCUUCUUCUUCUAUUUAAAUUCUGUGUUCUUGAGAAUUCAUAUCUGGGUGUCAAUAUUUCUUCCUUUCUUUGAUGUUACUGUCAAUUUCUUGUAAAAAAAAAGAUUGGAUUUUUCUUUCUUUCUAGUGGGUUUUUGAACAAACAAAACUCAAUUUGAUCCAGAAAUAGUUUAGCUCAGUGAUAACUCUUUGGAUUCCCAUGUUUCUAAGAUGCAUCUUCUUCAUCAAUUUGCAUCCAGUCCAAUUCAUAGCAGUCCUGAGUCUUAGCAUUUGAUUGAGUUGGAGAGUCUUGUUGAUCUUGCUGACCCAAAGGUCCUAAACCUUAGCUUUCGCUUGAGUUGGUUCUUUGGUUAUAAAUUUAUGAUUGAGUAGGAGUUUCUCAGUUGGUUAAGCUCAUGAAGGGCAUGUUCAUCGUCUUUAAUUUUCCGAUGUGGGAAUCUAACACACCAAAACCAUCUCCAUCUUCUUCAUCUGGUUUUAGAAUCAGCCCAGCACUUCUUCUAAUCAUAGUAAUCCUAUCUGUGAUAUUCUUCAUCGCCGGCGUUCUCCACUUUCUUGUAAGAUUCCUGACAAAACGCAGACGAUCUUCCUCAUUCUCCCAGUCCACCAGAACAGCCCAUGAAAUCCCACACUCUGGAGGAAGUUUCGUCGUUCAAAGGCAGCUGCAGCAGCUCUUCCAUCUCCAUGACUCUGGCCUGGACCAGGCCUUCAUUGACGCGCUCCCGGUUUUCACAUACAAGGACAUAAUGGGCCUGAAAGAGCCCUUUGACUGCGCGGUUUGUCUGUGCGAGUUCUUGGAUCAAGAUGAUCUCCGGCUGCUUCCUUUGUGCAGUCACGCCUUCCAUGUGGACUGCAUAGAUACAUGGCUGUUGUCAAAUUCAACUUGCCCUCUUUGCAGAGGGGUCCUUUUUGCCCCGGAUUUCUGCGUCGAGAACCCAAUCUUCCACUUUGAUGAGCUUGGAGAAGAUGGCGAAGUGGUUUCUGGGGAUCUUGGAAUUCCGGUUGAAGAUGACGAAAAUGCCCUUUCCAUUGUGACCGAAAAACGGGUUUUUUCCGUGAGGCUGGGAAAGCUCAGGACCUCAGGUAAUGGUGAAGGGAAAGAAGAGGAAAGGGGAGAGACCAGCGAGUGCAAUGUGGGCGCGAGGAGGUGUUACUCUAUGGGUUCUUUUCAAUACGUGGUGGGCAAUUCCGAGCUGCGGGUGGAGUGGUGUGGCCAGGCACCGGGCGGUUUUGGAGCUGGCGGCGGCGGUGGGAAGAUGAAGGUGGGAGGAGGAGGAGGAGGAGGGCAGAAUGGGAAUUUCAGUAAUGGUGGAGAUAGAGAUGGGAAGAGGAUUGGCAUUAGGAGUAAAGGGGAGAGCUUUUCUGUUUCAAAGAUUUGGAUGUGGUCCAAGAAAGACAAAUUUCUUACUUCAGCAGAUAGUCACCACUUUCCUACUUCAGCUCAUGUAAACUUUCCAUAAAAAGAACUCUUUUACAUUAUUUUCUCUUGUUUUCGCUUGUCCUUUUUUAAUUAUUAUAUUUACAAUUACAUCAAAAUCAAUAGAUAAUUGUGAG